AUGACUACUACUCAGCUCCAGCAGGAGACCAGGUCAUUGACCACGAAUAUGGCCCAACUCCAGCAAGAAACUAGAGCCUUAACCAUGAGUACCACUCAGUUCCAGCAGGACACCAGAGCAGACAUGAAAGAUAUGGAUACUCGAAUAAGCCAAUUGGGAACUGCCAUCAAUCGCCUGCAGUCCCACGUCCAUGAAAAAUUACCAUCUCAACCCGAGAUAAAUCCCAAAAAUGUAAGUGUCAUGACACUGAAGGAGUGGUUAGAGAAGACAAAGAAAGUAGAGAAGAAAAAAGAGCUUUUGGAUGUGUUCCAAAAAAUGGGGAUUAACAUUCCCUUACUGGAUGCAAUCAAGCAGAUAUCUAAGUAUGCCAAGUUUUUGAAGGAUUUGUGCACCCACAAGAGGAAGUUGAAGGGUGACGAAAGAGUGGCGGUGGGAGAAAAUGUAUCAGCUAUGCUUCAAAGGAAACUCCUACCAAAAUGUGGAGACCUAGGUAUAUUCACCAUUCCCUGCAAGAUAGGAGGUACCCCAAUUAGGAAAACGAUGUUGGAUUUGAGGGUAUCAAUUAAUGUUAUGCCUAAAACAAUUUAUGCUUCUCUUAAUCUUGGCCCACUAAAAGGCACAGGCAUUAUAAUCCAACUUGCAGACCGUACCAAUGCUUAUCCAGAAGGGUUAGUUGAAAAUAUUUUGGUACAGGUCAAUGAGUUAGUUUUUCCUGCAGAUUUCUAUGUCCUAGACAUGGGGGAUGAAAGGGCACUACAUCUGUCACCUAUUUUGUUAGGUAGGCCAUUUUAA